UAUUAGGUUUAUCGGUAUUUCCGCAUCGCCAAUUUUCAAUCCAGCGACGUUUUAUAGGAAGUUUCAGGAAGUGCAGCUUGAAUCUGAGAUACAGAAUUUGUCUACAGGUUUAGAGGUGUUAUUACACCCGGCCUGACUGCUGUAUUCAAGUGAGAUGCAGGCGAUAAGAAAUUACUUCCGGCCUGCCUGGUCUUCUGAUGCAAAGCUAGAUGGCAAAACAGUUGUCAUCACCGGUGCCAACACUGGUAUUGGCAAAGAGACAGCCAUCGACUUGGCCAAAAGAGGGGCAAAGAUCAUAAUAGCAUGCAGGGACAUGGAGAAAGCAGAAGCUGCUGUGAAAGAUAUCAAAGAAAGCUCUGGCAACGAAAAUGUCCUCUGCAUGAAACUCGACUUGUCAGAUAGCAAGUCGAUAAGAGAAUUCGCUGAAGCCAUCAACAAAGGAGAGCCAAAACUCGACAUCCUCAUCAACAAUGCUGGUGUGAUGGUGUGUCCUUAUGGGAAGACAGCAGAUGGUUUUGAGAUGCAGAUCGGUGUCAAUCACAUGGGUCACUUCCUCUUGACGUAUUUGUUGCUGGACCUGAUUAAAAGGUCGACACCAGCCAGGAUCAUCAAUGUGUCUUCAAUGGCUCACUCAUGGGGCAAAAUCAAUCUGGAGGACAUCAACAGUGAGAAGGGUUACAACAAGAAUGAAGCCUACUCCCAGAGCAAGCUAGCCAACGUCCUCUUCACCCGCUCACUGGCUAAACGACUAGAGGGCACAGGUGUGACAACAUACGCUCUCCAUCCUGGAGUCGUCCAGACAGAUUUAUGGCGUCAUCUGAGCGGCCCUCAGCAGUUUGUCAUGAAGCUGGUCAGUCCUUUCACCAAGAACUCUGUCCAGGGAGCUCAGACAACCAUUUACUGUGCAGUGGAGCCAACACUGGAGAAAGAGAGCGGUGGAUACUACAGUGACUGUGCUCCUGCCAACUGCUCUGCAUACGGAAAGGACGACGACUUGGCACAGAAGCUGUGGGAGCUGAGCUGUAAGAUGCUCGGCAUAACGUGGGAAUGAAGCAACAUGGAUUCACAAUAAAAGCCUUCAGUUUACAGUCAGAUGUAUGACUUCACUAAUCAAUGCAUUGUAUCCUUUCACUAAUACUGCCUGCCAAGAAGUUUUCAUACAGUUACAUAGUAUAUAUAUUUUUCUAACAGUUCAUGUUUGUACUUGUUUUACAUACAAACAUACAGCACUUGAACAACAUGGCACUAUUUCUAAUUAAGAAAAAUCCAAGUAUACUACAUAAUUAAUUUUAAGUUUAUAUUUCUGAUUUACAGAAAUGACCAUAAUAAUACUAUAAUACCUUUCUAUCCAUCUGUGAUAAUAGUUUCAUAGUGGAUAUUUGGAUUUAAAUUUUAACACUCACAGAAACCCUUUUUUCAAUGAGUCAGACUACAGUGAUGUCUACAUGUCUCAAUGAUUUUCUGUACUGGACAUUAAACUUGCUCCAUAACACA